GAGAAAAUGAAUGAAAAAUACAAAGUCAGUCAUACAUGCCACCGCGGUGAGCACAAGAGAGAUAGCACUAGGGAGACGGCACCAUUAACCCUUAAUUAGCUUUGGAAGGUUUUCUGACCCUUUGAGACCUACUACACCUACACCUACCUUACCUGUUCCCACUUCCCAGUAAUAGAGAGAGAUUCGCAGACGAUGUUUUUUUCUUGGCCGAAUAUCUGAAUCUUUUGAAAUCCUCCCUCCCUCCGUAAUGGAAGCAGAUGCUGCUAUUUUACUAGAUAUGAUAUUCAAUCGACUCUUUUUCCACUUGAUGCUCUUAUAUACGUGCUUUGGAGGUGUUCUUGCUCUCAAGCUAAUUUCACAAUCAAUGGUCUCUCGCUCUUGCUCUCUUUCCCGCUCCUGCUUUCGCUCUACGCUUUGGCCAUUCAGGUUUAAUGCAUGGAAAGUUAUGAUUACAAAGAGAAGAAAAAACUGGGCUGGGUUCUUGCCCACUGUAAGGAAUGUCUUUGGUAAUAAAUAAUUAAAAUGAGGAAAGGACCAUCAGGGUCAGAGUGAGAAUUGGGCGGUGGAGAUAUAUGUAUAUAUAUAGAGAGAGAGAGAGUAGAGAGGGAGUGUUGAUCAGAUUUCUUUCUCAUUGAAACUUAAGGGAAUUGUCAGACAUCUUAGAUGUUUUUUCUUCGUCGACGGAAGGAAGCUGUUGAGAAGUUUCCAUCUGUUAUGGAAGGUGGAUCACCAGACUGUGAAUCUGUAGGGUCUGGGACAAAAAAGUCCAGUGUAUCAUCAGGUAAUAGGUCUUGGAAUCGCAAGGAAUUUCUCCGUAGGUUUGUGGACAGUGAAAUUUUGACCGCUAACCUUGAGCAAUGGUUUGAAGAAAUAGCAAAAAUAUCAGCACAUAGAACACCGGCCUUUGACGUUCCUUUUGAGUUGAUUGAUCUUCAAAAGUUUGACUAUGCUUUGGAAGGGGUCUGCUUUCAGCAGCUGAUUCGGAUGCCCAGUGCUGUUUAUGCUUCAACAUCUGGUGCUGUGGAAGCUACUGCUUAUCUUGCUAUUGAAGAUUUUCUACAUGCAAGUGUAAAGGGCUUGUGGGAAGCGUUCUGGAGUCAGGAUGCGCCUAUGCCUUUCGAUGUUGCCUGUCUUUAUGAUACUAACUUGAAAUUCUACCAGGCUGAGAAGGCAGUUGCUAAUGGGAAACUUGGAGGUCUAUGUGCUACGGGUAUAAUGCUAAAGAACCCUAGACAUCCACAUGGGAAGUGGGAUGAUAUUCUUGAAAUAGCACUUCUGAGGCCGGAUAUUGGAAGCCUUGCGGUGGAGAGUAAUCGAAAGCCUUCUCUCUCUAUUAUAGGCGAAGCUUUAUUCUUCGCCCUUCGUAUAUUAUUAGCAAGAAGCCUCAGCCGAUCGAAUAUUCUUGAGAGUUCAAAUUCUGUUUUUGUUCUACUCAUUGAUUCUCAAUAUGGUGGGGUUGUAAAAAUUGAAGGAGAUGUGAAUAAAUUGGAGUUUGAUGUGAAUAAUGUUUAUGAAUGUGCUGUUGAAUGGAUAAAAAAUUAUUCAAAAGUUUCUGUUUCCCCUGUUGAUAGGAUCUGGAACAAACUUGGAAAUGCCAACUGGGGAGAUAUUGGUGCUCUACAGGUACUUUUUGCAACCUUCCAUUCUAUCAUACAAUAUGCUGGAAUGCCCACACACACUGUUGAAGAUUUAGCUGCCGACCACAGUUCUCGUCUGCAAACAAGAAGAAUUGAACGGCAGUUGGGUGAUACCAGAAUGAAUGAAAAUGGUUUAUUCCGGUUCCAGCAGCGCAGUGUUUCCCCUGAAAUUGUUGAAAUACAGGAGGAAUCCAACAAAGUAGAGUCUGAAAAGUUAAUGAAGCUAGAAGUAGGAUCUGUUCUGUGGUUGGAGGAUUCAAACUGGCAAAAGGGUUAUCAGAUUAAUGAAGUUUUAAAUGAUGGCGAAGUUCCAUUUUAUGUUGCAUCUUCUGUUGAAAAUCCAGGUAAGGCUCUGUUUCUGUAUAUUGGUUCACAUCCUUCUCAACUGGAACCGGCCUGGGAAGAUAUGAAGUUAUGGUAUCAAGUUCAGAGGCAGACCAAAAUAUUGACUGUUAUGAAACAGAAGGGAUUGUCUAGCAAAUAUCUGCCACAAUUGAAUGCAUCUGGCAGGAUAAUUCACCCUGGUCAAUGUCUGAGGCCAAGCUCAGGUGGAAACUGUGACCAUCCUUGGUGUGGGACCCCAAUUCUUGUGACCAGCCCAGUUGGCAAAACAGUAGCUGAUAUGGUAAGAGUUAACCGUUUUGGUUCAGAUGAGGCUAUUAGGUGUUGCCGUGAUUGUUUAUCUGCACUUUCAACGGCUGCUUCUGCUGGAAUUCGGCAUGGAGACAUCAGGCCUGAGAAUGUUAUUUGUGUGAGGUCUGGUGUGAGGCAGCCUUAUUUUGUCAUUGUUGGAUGGGGGCAUGCCAUUUUGGAAGAGAGGGAUCGCCCAGCAAUGAAUCUACAUUUUUCAUCUACUUAUGCCCUUCAGGAGGGGAAGUUGUGCUCGGCUUCAGAUGCAGAGAGCCUGGUUUAUUUGCUUUAUUUUUCUUUGGGUGGGGAAUUUCCUGACUUGGAUUCAGUUGAGGGGGCACUGCAUUGGAGAGAAACCUCUUGGUCAAAAAGGUUGAUUCAGCAGAAGCUUGGAGACAUCUCUGCUGUCCUCAAAGCAUUUGCUGAUUAUGUUGACAGUCUAUGUGGAACACCAUAUCCUAUGGAUUAUGAUAUUUGGCUAAGAAGGUUGAGGAGACAUAUUCAUGAGGAAGAACAUGGGAAGGAAAUUGACACAUCGAGUUAAGUUUAUUGUGGUAGCUGCAGUGGUAGAACUGAGCCCCUGCAGACCUAGGUCACAAGCACUUUUGAGACUGAGAUGGUUAUUUUUUGGAUAUUCUGUUAGUAUGAAAGUUGUAGCUUCUUGUAAAAUUUAUUGGAUGAUCUAUGAGUCAUAAUUUCUUUGGGAUAAAUGGUCCGUGGUGCCAUUUCUAUUUCUUGAGAAUGGUUUAAUUGUGUGUCAUGGAGCAGCUAGCAUGAUAAUUAUUUCUUGAUUAUUAUUUGAGCUUCUCUUUGUUGUAUUUUCAGAGGAUUGAGAUGCAUGGUCCUUGGCUGGGAUUCACUGAGCCGUCUGGUGCUUGUUUGGAUGAAAUUUCCUAGUAUUAUAGAGGACUUAAAUUAUCCUUGAUUUGUGCAAAUGUGAUGAGUUGUUAUGCAGAUCUUGUAUCGACCACCAUUAUUUAUUGUAAAGAUUGGAGCUGUUCAGAUUAUUUUAAAAUCUAUUGUUGUUCUUCUUAAGGUUAUUGAACUUGCUGGGUAUUCUAUGGCAUUCGUGGUGACAUCAUCCUUUCGUAAAUGAGUCACUUUUAUGCUUAUUUGGGACCACCUGAUUUUUAAUGACUUGCAUUCUGGAUAACAUGCACUGUCAUCUCUUUCUGGUUUUCCAGUUUGAUCUUCACAAGCAUCUCUUGUCCCCUCUUUGCCAUUUCCUCAUGCCAAACAAUUGAAAAAAUGACUACGGCCUGGUGAUCUUAAUUUGGAUUUCUGUGAAUACUGUUUGUUGCUGACGCCUUUUGCUGGCUCAGAAACAAGAACUCUCCUUGCCAGUUGUUGGAACAACACAAGUGCAGCUGAGCAUUGAUUCAGAAAGAUGAAGGGGCACAAGUAUCACAUCUUAGUAAGUUGAUAGAUUAUGAUUGCUUAUGUAUUAUUGCUUCCGUAUGGAUACAUUUUUAUACCUUUUUGUUUGCUAAAAUGUAUGAUGGCACCGAGUGCUUGUACUGCAUAGGGACUAUCUGAAACAUGGACCUCCCUAAACUCAGUCCCACCUCAUGUCAAGUAAACUAAGGUGCAUUGGUUCACGUAUGUACUCUCGGUAGUACAAUUACUAUUAUUUCUUGUUAGAUCAA